GCUUGGAACAUCCAGCAGGUGGGAGCAUGGGCCGCAGCGCGCAGGUGGCAGACCCAUGGGAGGUCGUCGAGAUGUGCGUGCGAUACCUCGAGGGGCUCCACCUUCCGGACGUGCUGUACCAGCGCUGGGACAGCAUCGGAGACGUCCGCCAUGUCCAACGUGGCCUCGCCGCCCGGCGCGCCGGUGUUCUCGACAGCGUCUUGGACCCAUCGGUGGUCGUGAGCGUGCUCGAGACGCAGCUCCGCGAUCUCCACUCGCGCGAGUACUUGGUGUUCUCGCCCUUCCUCUACAACGAGCUCCUCGACCUCGGGCGCGCUGUCGGGCGCAGCGACCACGAGACAUUGGUGUGGGUGCGAGCGCUGUACGCGCGGACGACCGAGCCGUACCGAAGCCGCAUGCACAUGAUCCUCGGCUUCCUCGCGACGCAGUGCGACGUGACCGACAUGGACAAGACACUCUACAUCGUCGAGCGGUAUGCGCCCAUGCUCUUGCGCGACGGCAGCAGCGCCUACAUGUCGCUCCACCACAUCGAAGGGUUUCCCGCUGCGACCGAAUGCCUCCUGCUGUUUCUGACGUACUUGGACGUUCUGGACGGCGGACUCUCCUCCGCGGCGCUGGACCAGCACUUGGAUAUCCUACUGCACGAGACGGUGCACACAAGCCUCUUUGCCUCGCCGCCGCCUCGUGCUAGCAUGACAGUCGACAUGGCGGCGACUCGGAUUCAGGCGGCGGCGCGGGGGUGGCAGUGCCGCCGCUGGAUCGGGCUUCGGCUGCUGUACACGUCCAUGCCGCUCGCCCCAAUGAGCUCCUUUCGGCGAUACUACCUCGGUAUGACCAAGCGCGUUCUACACUGGAGCGUGUCGGAGCUUGUGGCCGAGAAGCGGCGCCUCAAGACGCGCCUCCGCGCCUUUGACGAAGCGUUUACGCGAGCGCACCACCGCGUGCCGAAGCCGAAGGAGAAGGACGCUGGCCUAUACGAGAUGUACCAUUUUCUGCGCAUCGUACUCGACUACCAGCGGCAGCAAGAUGACACCGACCCGACAUCGUUUCACGACUUUCUCCAGACUGCGACAACGAGCCAGCUCGCGCUCGCAAGGGACAAGUGCCAGCUGCAACUGCUCAUCUUCGAACGUCAUUUUUAUCUCUGCUGCGGCGGCAAGGUCGAAGACGAAGACGACUAUGGUCACAUCUUGCCGCGCUAUCUCCAGUACAAGACGUUGACGGGCAAACUCGCCGAGACGGCGUAGAGACACGCCGCUGAUUAAGGAAUUGACUGCUUGCUACUCGAUACCACGAAGAGACUAAAACAGCAAGUGCACACGUGUUGCGUCUGGAGGCUAGUCGACUAUAAUCUAGUACACGUACUAAAUUGUAGCCGAAAGAACAUCGAGCGUAGUCGA